AUAACAUAUUUUAUUCCCUAAUUUCAUUUAUUUUUUAACUUUCUGUGACUUUUGCAUGAAAAUGGAGUGGGAUCGUGCACAUAGGAAUUAUAAAUACUGUGUUGUGCCUCAGUGUGCCAGUACAACUUUAAGGACACCUGACAAAAUAUUUAUUACACUUCCUCAAGAUCCAAAAAGAAAUUUGCUAUGGCAGAAAGCAAUGAGAAGAGAAAAAAUGCUAAGUCUAAAAUCAACGUAUCAUGUGUGUGAAGAUCAUUUCAAUCUGGAGGUGGACAUGGAAAACUAUUUAUAUUUUAAGUUAAUGGAAAAUGUUAGAAUCAAAAUGAAACCAAACGUUGUACCGCACAUUUUCGAUUGUCAAAAAAAUCGAACAAUGACAUCAUUACUAAAAAAGCAACGUCAAGAUAUUAUCGAGGAACUCGAGCAACCAAGUACAUCAAAAAAGAUUCGGAACCCCGUCGAAUCUGUUGAAAAAGAAGUUUAUUUGAGAACAAAUCUAGAAUAUCGCACACAUUGCAUGAAAUAUUUUAAAUCUACAGAAGUCCAGGUUAAUCUUAAGCCCAAGAUGGUUUCUAGAGGAACGCAAUGUAACCAAAAAUGUCUGCGAACAGCUGUAUCUAGUAAAAAAAUUGAUUGUUCUCUUUCUUCAUCCAGUAGCACCACAAAGACCACGUCACCGUUUGGUUCAGCAAAUUUAGAAUCGAUCGUUUAGAGAGUCUUAUUAAAAUGAUCCAACUAAAACCAAAAUUAUACGUUAAAAUUCCUGUUGAUUUAUUGUGUUUUUACUGAAAUAAUCUCUUCGAAAUAUCAA